AGUAGCUCCAAGAACCGCUUUAGACUUGAAAAAAAAAUGAUGACAUUGGCUGAACGUCUUACGGAUUGGGAGCCGAAGGUUUAUUUGGAUUUACCUUUGGUCCUGAUCAUACUCUUAUUUCAAUCAUCGUUGGAUGGCAUUACCUCUGCCGUUCUGGCUGGCUCCAAGAACAGACUUUUCGCUUAUUCUAUCACCGGACUAUAUGUCAGUGCACAGAAAAUUGGGAGGACUCUUCCUGGUAGACUAUGGACAAGUUUCUUUCCCGGCAAACGAGAGAGUUUAGCAACUGUGCUAGAUCUAGCCCAGAGCUCUCAAUACGUAUUUUAUGGCCUUUUAUCCGGAACACAAAUGAAGCCCUAUAGCAAUAUUCCUGAUUUAUUGCAGAAAGACAAUAGUGAUCAACGCAACGUUAUCAGAAUCAACAGUCAACGUAGCAGUACGCAAUGUACUGUCGAUGUUUAUCAUGUAAAAGGAGGAUACCAAAAUGGAGAUGUCAUACAAAAUACUUUCACCCAUCAUCAGACAUUCAUUUCGCUUGUCGCGUCGGUGGCAACCAUUUGCAUCCACUGUGUCAUAUACUACAUUGGAGACUUCUACGCCUUUGCUGUCAUGUCACUCCUAAGCGCUUGUACUUUUGCGUUGACAAAAGCGCUUUCGUCAGGUGGUUUGAAGGUUUCGAAAUAUGCGUCCACCAAUGUCGACAUACCUGUUGGUCUAGGACUUUUAUCAAACGGCAGUAAUCAUCUUAAACUUUUAGUUGGAGAAGAGAACGAUGUAAACUGUAUCACCAAAACGAAACUUGAAUUAAAGCCAAAAUCAUCAACUUCACUUGGUGUUAUAUGCGUCUCGAUUCACAUUCUUACGCUUGCUCAGCUAUUUGUUAUACCCCAAGCUUUACCAGCUACGCAAGCACUUCUGUUGCUAUCGUAUCUUAUCGGUUACAUUGCAAAUUUUCUCUAUUCUUCAUAUGAUUUGAACGACACAGUAGGAAGGUUGAUCCAAACAGAAAGCGGAACGAAAUAUGUUACUACUAUUGUCGCAAACAACAGAGCUGCUGCUUUAUCGGCAGUAUCUCUACUAACAGGUGCUGUCAAUGAGGAUGUCUAUCAAAGUCUAUUAGCAAAGGAAACGGAAUGGAAUCGUUGGAUAUUACAGUUGAAGCAGGUGGCUGCCAAAACGUCUGAUCAAUGGAGAUCUGAGUUGCAGUUCACCAAACAUACGAAAUAUACUAUGGAUAUUGAGGCUGCUAUUGAAGGGGUAGUGUUUGCCAUUUCACAAGAUGAAAGCCUGCAUUCCUUUCAGAAGUACUCUCAUGCCACUGUCAACCAAAGUGCAUAGAAAUGAAAUAUUUGAUCAUAAUGACAGCUAGGAAAUGCAAAUUGGUGCGGAAUAAUCAGAAAAUUUCGCGAGUGUCGAUACAACCGACGAUCCGACAUAUGAAACUCAAGUCUCCAUGCCAACACAGAGAACUUGUUAUAUAUUCAAUCAUUACAGUAAAGCAUAAGCUAUCAUUAUCAUUUUGAGAUAAACAUCGAAUCUUUAGGACAAAGUUUUCAUAUUCUAUAGCAUAAGAUAGCUCAGUUACAUUCAGUCCCAAUAACAUUUAUACCAUCAUGUUCAAUCGCAAA